ACUUCUACGUAACUUGGCUCUGGCAUUUUCGUGAGCAUUUACUGUGCAACGCCUAAACCCUCCCAUGCAAAGGAAAACGGCACCGUAUUGCUAUUGUUUAGUUUUACUGCUACAUCUGAAAACCCAAAAGCCAAAACCCAGAAAAAGUGAAUUGCCUAUCCCUGCUCGUUUUUUCGAGGAAAAAAAGAGAAAGAAAUCGAGUUUCCGAGAAACCAAACGGAGCCUGAAGGGUUUUCUUUUUUGUUGCUAGGAAAUGCAAAGCUUAGGACCUUUACGACCUCGAAGCACAGUGCUGGUGAAGCGUCCUUGGCUUACUAAACCAAUUAACUGGAGAGCACUCUCGUCUAUUCCUCCUUCUGAUUACUCCAACCAGUCUCGCGGUGGCCUGCCUCGCUUCUUCUCUGAAACUCUUCCUUCUUCCAAGGGCGGUGUUAUUCGCGUUCAAGGAGAUGAAUUUUGGCAUAUGACUAAAGUUUUAAGAUUGAAAACUGACGACAGGGUAGAGCUCUUCAAUGGGAAAGGCGGUCUAGUAGAAGGGUUCAUACAAAACAUUGACCGUUCCUCUAUUGAUUUUGUGGCUUUGGAAGAUCCAAAGCUUGUUCUUCCACAGACCCCACAGUGGCAUAUAUUUGCUGCUUUUGGUUCACUGAAGGGUGGUCGAGCUGAUUGGCUUGUUGAGAAGUGUACUGAACUGGGAGCUAGUAGUGUAACACCUUUGCUCACUCAACGUUCUUCUACCAUCUCUGACAAUCGGGUGGAGAGAUUGCAGCGUGUCAUUUUAGCAGCAGCUAAACAAUGCCAACGGUUGCAUGAAAUGAAACUGAAUCAUCCCAUGAAGAUUGAUAAUCUUAUACCUCUUGUUGCCAAGUCGAAGCAGUCUUUUAUAGCCAUAGCAGAAGGUACUCCUCUAGUUAGUGCAUUGACUGCAACAACAAAGGAACCUAGUGGGCUGAUAAUAGUCGGACCAGAAGGGGACUUUACAGAGAAAGAGGUGGAUUUGAUUACAGAAGCAGGAGCUACAGCUGUUGGUCUUGGCCCUCAUCGUUUGCGUGUUGAAACUGCAACUAUAGCUAUUUUGGCAACCCUUACUCUAUGGUCUGGCUCUCAGCAAAUCAGUAACUCUUAAGGACUUAUGCAGAUAGAGAUACUGCUGACAGUGGCCGGUAGAGGGAACAAGGAAGAGUACUUGCUUCUUUUUAGCAGAGAUGUCAAGUACAUUGGUAAUUGUCAUUUGCCUUCCAUUCCUAAUCAAGCAUAUUUUUAUAAAUUUGUACAAGGGUUAAUGUUUUUUUUCACUCUCAGAAAGGGAAUGGCUGCAGCUCAUUUCAUUUAAACUUGACCAUGCUCUCUGUGAUAAUUUAUUAGUUUUACACCUUUUUUCACACUUUUUUCUUUUUGUGUAUAUGUGUAUGAAUAUAGAGAAGCCAAUUCCAUUUAAGAAAUGGAUUGAUUUAAUCCAAAAUACUCAAUCUAAUCAGUCUUUCACACACACACACACACACACACACACGCACACAUGUAUUAAUUGUCCUUCUCUAGAGAUACACUAUCAGAUUCCUUCUACGUGGAUACAUCAGAUCUGCCAUAGCAGAAAUUUCAUCUUCCUCAAAGGAACAAGAAGAACCGACACUAAAGCUCUUAGGCAAGCGUGGAGCUUCAGGAGGAGUAUGACAAACUAUCCCUUCACCGUAACCAAGCCUGCCAGAACAAUCAACCAUAUUCUUGAUGUACAUGUCUCUUGCCUUGCAUAAAAUUCUGAUGGGUAGACGCGCUGUUUUCAUCAACUUGCCUCGCUUGUUUGUUUUGCAACCUUUGCUUCUCAUUUUUUUAAACCUGCCGUUCCUGUAUUAGUUUUCAACCGUGUCGCCAAUGAUAAAGUCAAUCGUAAAACAAAGAUAGUAUCGGCAAUGAACAAAUUGCUUGUACUGUUGAAGCAAUUAAACGAGGAGGAAAUGAAGAGGGUUUAUAUAAA